AUGCAUUCUUUCGGCGCUCUAGGUGUAGCGCUUCAUGCCUCUCUGCUCAUACUGCUGGCUCAAGGAAUUCACAAAUCUAGAGAUGGAGUUUAUCACGGCAUAUCACGACGUUUUGCUGUAGACCACCGUUCACCUGGAUACCAUCACCUGGCACCGACGUAUAUGAUGCACCUUUACCGGAAUUACAAGUCAAAUCUCACUCGGCCUAUAGAUGUAAUGGAGCAGACCACCGCAAAACAAGCAGACACAGUCAAGAGUGUGAUGGCAAAAAGUAAGAUUUUUUUUAAAAGUAUACCUUCAGCCUAUAGGCAUAUUUAUUCAUUCGUUUAGUUGGGCAUAUAGGCUACAUUCUUGAAAUGUAGCCUAUGCUAUAUAUAUGCCUGAAUUUAGUGUAACAGGUGAUAAUAAUAAAACAUAUUCUGUUCAGAGCCUUUUAUAAUAGUGUGUGGCCUAUUGCCUAGCCUACUCCAAGUCUAGUAAAUUAAACUUUGUUUUGAGCAAUUUUAUUGCAUUAUUUUCAUUCUUCAAAAAAGUUAGAUCAUUUUCUUGCUAUGGUUGCGCACCACAGUGGCUGUCAAAUCCCUGCGCCAGACGAUCUCAAAGCGCUCCAAUCCACAUUCAUUUGCCGGCUGAAUAACCGUACAAGGAUCAGCGUGUGAAAAGGCUGGUUUUCAGCCUAAUUCUCAAAGCAAACCUCUUUUUUUCUUUAAAUGGGGCGAUGUUGAUUAGAAAUGUUGCCAGACAUCCCUAUUCAAAUCGUUUGUUAACUCAAAUCAACAAGGCCCCCAAGUCCCCUCAGUUCUUUUCACACUUCCCUUGAUUAGAUUAGAGUGGUGGCCUAGACCCACAUCUCGGGCCAGGGCGGGAUUUUAACAACAUGUAGCCUACAUGUUCCACGGACCGCUCCGCCGGUGGCUCGGCUCCCCAACACCACUGAAUCUAAUUUAACAUCACUGCUAGGUUUCAUAGUUGUUACCUAUUUGUUUGAAUGGAGGAUAUGCGGAAGCCGAGCUAAGGACGUGUUAAAUGAUUGGUUUCGAUCCGGUGUUUACUUUGAGUGGAUUAGGCCUAGCCUCGUCCUCCUGCCGUUGUCCCUUAAUCUUCAUACUUUUUAUUUCCCCAGCCAUCAGAUCAGACUUAGUGUUCGAAACUGACUGAGCAAAACAGACCCAUCUCAUCUAGGCUAAACGAAUGUAGAUGUUUUGGUACAGUACCUUUAAUCAACAAAUAGAUUAUCAAUAGCAACGUUACAAUUACAUUGGGACAAUAGUACAAUAGUGUUUAAUCUUCUUGAUGAAUUUUGUACCACACCUCAAUGCCUUGUUCUUCUUUGCAUCACAAUUCAUGUCCUAAUUCACACAUGUUGAUGUUGACCCCAGCCGAUGGUAGAUUAAUCCACAAACUAGUUGCCUAGUUGCAUUGAAGUAAAGUUUCUAUUUGUAAACAUGCUCAAACAUGCUUUGCCUAGUUCUAAAAUGGUAUUUCUUUAAAAAUAUUAAAACAAUAUUGUUUUUAGAAUACAAGCAUGAUUCAUUCUGACUACUUAGAUGUAAACCAGAACCAAUAUGCUAAAUACUCUGCCUGAAUUGCUGUCCAGGAUUGAAUAGAACAUGUGUAUUCCUCCUAAAUUAACAGUUUAUUCAUGAGCUCUAUGGUUGUUUAAGAGCUCUUUUUUAUAAGUAUAAAUGUAUUAUAAUCUCUUUUACCCUUAGUUGACCAUUAAAGGGUUUGAAAAAGAUGGGUGAUAUAAAAACAAAUCUUUUGAUUAUAUAACUACUUAACGUUGUAUGGUGGUUCAGAUGGAUAACUGGGAUGUAUGCUUGUCUAAAGACGUAUAUGUGAGUACAUAGUUGACGUGAGAGACCAGACCAGAUGAUAAUGUUCAAAGAAGAACUAGUCAGUGCAAAUUCUGAACAAUCUGUUUUUUCUUCUUCUUCACAAUAGGUUUGUCUCACAGACACCGACGCUGGACUGCAACCUUUGACCUAACCACCUUAUUGGCCGACGACCAGAUCCAAGCUGCAGAGCUCAGGUUCAGGUUUCCCCGAGCGACGAGGGCUUCCAACAUUACCGUGGAGAUCUACCAUCACCACGACUACCCGUGCAGGCAGACACAGGGGAUCUGCCAGGAACACCAGCUGGUGGGAUAUCUCUCUGUCUCCUCUGUGAUCACCUCCUCUCAGCACUGGAAGGUUUACAACCUCACUGGUCCACUGUUGAACUGGCUCGGCCAGAAACAGGUCUCCAGGAACUCAGGGAAGAGGAGAUCACCAAACAAGACAAAGAGAGAUGUGUUCUUCCCCAACCCUGUCCAGUUGGCUGGGUCUGAAACACAGCAGAACCCUGUCCAGUUGGCUGGAUCUAAAACACAGCAGAACCCUGUCCAGUUGGCUGGAUCUAAAACACAGCAGAACCCUGUCCAGUUGGCUGGGUCUAGAACACAGCAGAACCCUGUCCAGUUGGCUGGGUCUAGAACACAGCAGAACCCUGUCCAGUUGGCUGGGUCUAGAACACAGCAGAACCCUGUCCAGUUGGCUGGGUCUAGAACACAGCAGAACCCUGUCCAGUUGGCUGGGUCUAGAACACAGCAGAACCCUGUCCAGUUGGCUGGGUCUAGAACACAGCAGAGUCAGCGUGUGAGCGACAGAGCCUUGCUGGUUGUCUUCUCUCAUACAGGGUCAGAGGAGGGCUGCCGGGCCAAGGCUAGCCUCCUCCACACAGCCGAACAGUCCAAGUUCCUGUCCACCACCGAGCCCAAGAAGGUCCGCAGGCCGAAGAGACACAGGACAAAAAGGGGCCACUCGGGCCAGAGGGAUCCACCGGCCAUGAGAGGUCCAGAGGUGUCCAGCAGAAACAAUGAGAUUGACCCGUCGCUCUGUCGAAGAGUUGAUAUGCAUGUAGACUUCAAUCAGAUAGGCUGGGGGUCCUGGAUCGUCUUCCCAAAGAAGUAUAAUGCCUAUCGAUGUGAGGGGAUCUGUCCAAGUCCUCUGGGAGAAGACUUGAACCCAACAAAUCAUGCUUACAUGCAGGUAAGUUUCAAUGUGUUUCUACGGGAUUUUCCAAAACGUGUCAAAUAAUAUACUGUUUUCAAAUGUAUAUUUACAUUUACGUCAUUUAGCAGACGCUCUUAUCCAGAGCGACUUACAAAUUGGUGCAUUCAACUUACAGUGAGGGGAAAAAAGUAUUUGAUCCCCUGCUGAUUUUGUACGUUUGCCCACUGACAAAGACAUGAUCAGUCUAUAAUUUUAUUUUAUUUGAACAGUGAGAGACAGAAUAACAACAAAAAAAAUCCAGAAAAACGCAUGUCAAAAAUGUUAUAAAUUGAUUUGCAUUUUAAUGAGGGAAAUAAGUAUUUGACCCCUCUGCAAAACAUGACUUAGUACUUGGUGGCAAAACCCUUGUUGGCAAUCACAGAGGUCAGACGUUUCUUGUAGUUGGCCACCAGGUUUGCACACAUCUCAGGAGGGAUUUUGUUCCACUCCUCUUUGCAGAUCUUCUCCAAGUCAUUACGGUUUCGAGGCUGACGUUUGGCAACUCGAACCUUCAGCUCCCUCCACAGAUUUUCUAUGGGAUUAAGGUCUGGAGAACUGGCUAGGCCACUCCAGGACCUUAAUGUGCUUCUUCUUGAGCCACUCCUUUGUUGCCUUGGCCGUGUGUUUUGGGUCAUUGUCAUGCUGGAAUACCCAUCCACGACCCAUUUUCAAUGCCCUGGCUGAGGGAAGGAGGUUCUCACACAAGAUUUGACGGUACAUGGCCCCGUCCAUCAUCCCUUUGAUGCGGUGAAGUUGUCCUGUCCGCUUAGCAGAAAAACACCCCCAAAGCAAUAAUGUUUCCACCUCCAUGUUUGACGGUGGGGGUGGUGUUCUUGGGGUCAUAGGCAGCAUUCCUCCUCCUCAAAACACGGCGAGUUGAGUUGAUGCCAAAGAGCUCGAUUUUGGUCUCAUCUGACCACAACACUUUCACCCAGAUCUCCUCUGAAUCAUUCAGAUGUUCAUUGGCAAAAUACAGAUGGCCCUGUAUAUGUGCUUUCUUGAGCAGGGGGACCUUGCGGGCGCUGCAGGAUUUCAGUCCUUGACGGCGUAGUGUAUUACCAAUUGUUUUCUUGGUGACUAUGGUCCCAGCUGCCUUGAGAUCAUUGACAAGAUCCUCCUGUGUAGUUCUGGGCUGAUUCCUCACCGUUCUCAUGAUCAUUGCAACUCCACAAGGUGAGAUCUUGCAUGGAGCCCCAGGCCAAGGGAGAUUGACAGUUCUUUUGUGUUUCUUCCAUUUGCGAAUAAUCGCACCAACUGUUGUCACCUUCUCACCAAGCUGCUUGGCGAUGGUCUUGUAGCCCAUUCCAGCCUUGUGUAAGUCUACAAUCUUGUCCCUGACAUCCUUGGAGAGCUCUUUGGUCUUGGCCAUGGUGGAGAGUUUGGAAUCUGAUUGAUUGAUUGCUUCUGUGGACAGGUGUCUUUUAUACAGGUAACAAACUGAGAUUAGGAGCACUCCCUUUAAGAGUGUGCUAAUCUCAGUUUGUUACCUGUAUAAAAGACACCUGGGAGCCAGAAAUCUUUCUGAUUGAGAGGGGGUCAAAUACAUAUUUCCCUCAUUAAAAUGCAAAUCAAUUUAUCAUUUUUAUUACAUGCGUUUUUCUGGAUUUUGUUGUUGUUAUUCUGUCUCUCACUGUUCAAAUAAACCUACCGUUAAAAUUAUAGACUGAUCAUUUCUUUGUCAGUGGGCAAACGUACAAAAUCAGCAGGGGAUCAAAUACUUUUUUCCCUCACUGUAAGAUAGCCAGUGGGACAAGCACUUAAUUUUUUAUGGGGGGGGUGGGGGAGGGGUAGAAGGAUUACUUUUAUACUAUUCCAGGUAUUCCUUAAAGAGGUAGGGUUUCAAGUGUCUCCGGAAGGUGGUCAGUGACUCCGCUGUCCUGGCGUCGUGGGGGAGCUUGUUCCACCAUUGGGGUGCCAGAGCAGCGAAUAGCUUAACUGUACAAAGCUCAUUGAUUAUUUGACCAUUGCUAGAUACUAUGGCAAUGCUUCAUACCUAUUUGAAGUUGUUUGGACAUUUUUGCUCACAGAUUGCUUCUUGUCUCUUUUUCCUCCAGAGUCUACUAAAACACUACCAGCCUGAGCGGCUUCCCUCUGCGUGUUGCGCCCCCACCAAGACGAGUCCUCUGAGCAUGCUGUAUUAUGAGAAUGGAGAAAUGCUGCUUCGCCAUCACGAGGACAUGACUGUGGAUGAAUGUGGCUGCCUGUAG